GAGCAACAGAGACAUGGAGAACGCUAUGCAGCCGCCACUUCCACCGCCACCCCCACCCCUACCUCCGGAAAUUCUUGAGAAUACCAGCACGGAGCACACGGUCACCCACGUCUUGACAUUUGAAGUAAGAAAUGCAUUUUCGCGCGAAUGACCGAUCGAUGUAAAAAAAAAAUCCAGCGAUCUACGAAAAGGUUUGAGAGCGUACCGCGAGCCUGCUUCGGAAACAGUUAAUCCGAUUCCGUUGGAACGGAGAGAAACAAGAUUAACUCGUGUUACGCAACCGAGCCGGGCACCGAAUUGGCUAGGCCCGUCACUGGGCGGAUCUCGGUGUUUUCCAAAUCAGCUGUUAGUCGCCGGUGAAGGGAGACUUACGAGUCUCGUGGUGGGGGAUCCGUCAGUCUGCUUCGAGACGCGGACCGAUGCGCAUCGUGUUCAGUCGGUAGCCAGUCGCGACCGCGUUACACCUUCGUGCACGCGUAAUCCACGCAGUGUCUGUUCCCUUGCGUACGCAUAUGCUCCGCUCGUCUCGUUACGUGCGUGUCGUAUGCACGAUCGUUUUUGCUACAUUCGCAUCAGUGACGUAUAUCGAUCAAGCCGAGUGAAAGUGGUGCGAGAUCCAUCCAACUUACGUCGAGAAUACAUCACGUAAAUAACGGAGUGCUACCUACAUAGUGGAAACUUCCAUGUAUUGACGAAGGGGGACUUCGUAGUGGCGUGUCGUGGAAGUGCAGCAAGUAUUUAAAAAUAAAUACCAACGCGAAGCCCCGUGUGUGCCCCGUUUACGUGAGUGAGACUCCGUGGUUCGAGAGAGAAAGAGAGAGAGGCGGAACGACGUGUCUGCACGUACGUGUGUACGUGCGUGCCUCUGACCACCCAUCGAAAAAAAAGAAACAUCGCAGCGAAACACGUGGCGGCGAGCAGUGGUCACGGUUAAUUCAUCUAAUUUCCCACAUGCUGCCCUCUUCCUGAAUCGACGUGUGACGCGUCGUUCGAGCAGAUCGCGCAGAUAUUCACGAAGGUGGCCAAGGCCGAGGCUUACUCGCCGCACAAGGUACACCAUCGGACGGUAGAGUCACAGAGAACAAUUCAACCGUCCUGGAAAGACUAGCCAAGUUCGAGGAGGCGUGGUUCCCUCUCUCUUCACGAAUUUCGUUGGCUCGAAUUUCCAACAGUAGUCACCAUACACUGAUCGGAGAAGGACCUACCGAGGCAAAUCAUCGACUUGUCUUGGAGAAGCAUUCGUCUCGUCGUGCGACAAUCUGUCGGUCGUGUUCAUCGUGUAUAAGUUGUACAAGUUAUUAUGCAGUGACACCGUGAGUUUCGCGGGAGAGUCGUUGUACUGUGUGUGGGCUGUGUGUAACGUGAUUUUUGUGGAGACGAUAUCAUCAUGACGGAGACCACCAGCGACUCGUCGAAGAGUAUCAUGAAAGAUCCGGAGCACGAGAGCGGCUACUUCGAGGACGGCAGCGACAUAGAGAUGUGCGCCGAGGAGACGGUUGUCACCGAGGCUUGGCAUUGCCACUUGUCCAACAGUCGCGAGUUCGCCAAGGCCGUUUACGAGCUCGAGUCGGCCUCAAACAACUGUGAGGCUAAAGAGAAUGGAGUGAACUUGGCUGACAUCGGAGGCCAGAGGGUAGACAUGACGCACUUCGAUCUGCUGAAAGUCCUUGGAACUGGAGCUUACGGAAAAGUGUUCCUGGUGCGUAAGAAAACGGGCGCCGACGCUGGCCGCCUCUACGCCAUGAAAGUCCUGAAGAAAGCGUCGAUCGUGCAAAGGAAGAAAACGACUGAGCACACGAAGACGGAGAGACAAGUUCUGGAGGCCGUCCGAGACAGUCCUUUUUUAGUUACAUUGCAUUACGCCUUUCAAACGGAGGCAAAACUGCAUCUUAUCUUAGAUUAUGUGAACGGUGGCGAGUUGUUUACGCAUCUGUAUCAACGGGACCAUUUCACUGAGGACGAAGUGCGAAUCUAUAUUGGCGAGGUUAUUUUGGCGCUGGAGCAGCUACACAAUCUGGGUAUAAUUUACAGGGACAUUAAGCUAGAGAACAUUCUGUUGGACAGAGAGGGUCAUAUCGUGUUAACAGAUUUCGGGCUGAGCAAGGAGUUUCUGCCGCACGAAAGGGACAGCAACGCCCGUGCUUACUCGUUUUGCGGAACUAUCGAGUACAUGGCACCGGAAGUGGUACGAGGAGGGAGCACAGGGCAUGAUAUUGCGGUGGACUGGUGGAGCGUGGGCGUGUUAACGUACGAGCUGCUGACCGGCGCGUCGCCUUUCACGUUCGAGGGGGAGAAGAACUCGCAGCAGGAAAUUUCGCGGCGAAUACUGAAAAGCGAGCCGCCGAUACCCAGCUACCUGAGCCCGAUCACCCGAGACUUCAUCCGACGUCUCCUGAUGAAGGAUCCCCGCCAGCGACUCGGCGGUGGCCCGGGCGACGCGAAAGAGCUGAAGGAGCACUCGUUCUUCAAGAAAGCGCCAGCGCCGUUCAGCUGGGAGGCGCUGAAGAGACGCGAGAUUCGCCCGCCGUUCGUGCCGAGGAUCACCCACGAGCUGGACACCAGCAACUUCUCGGAGGAGUUCACGAAGAUGAUCGUGGCCGACAGCCCGGCCGUGGUCCCGCCCAAUUUCGAAAAGAUGUUCCGAGGUUACUCGUACGUGUCGCCGUCGAUACUGUUCAGCGACAACGUGGUGAGCAAGGACAUCUUCAAGGAGGAAGAAGGAAAGGAAGGAGAAGCGACGAAGGGUACUAGCACCGAGUGCUGCCAGCCCUCGACGUCGUCGGACGUGUUGGCAAGCAGAUUCGAGGAGUCGACGUUCUUCCAAACGUACGAGCUGGAUCAGCGGGAGGACGCGUUGGGAGACGGUAGUUUCUCCGUCUGUCGCAAGUGCAGGCAUAGGAAGACGUCGGAGCAGUUCGCUGUGAAGAUCGUCAGCCGUAGGCUCGAUUGCGGCAGAGAGGCCAGUUUGCUGAAGACUUGCCAGGGCCAUCCGAACGUGGUGAAACUGGUGGAGGUCCAUCUGGACAGGGUGCACACGUACUUGGUGCUGGAAUUGUUGUCCGGUGGGGAGCUGUUGGGGAGGCCGAGGCCGUUCAGCGAGCAACAGGCCAGAAGGAUAAUGCGGCAGCUCGCCUCUGCGGUGCGUUUCAUGCAUUCCAAGGGCGUGGUCCAUCGGGACCUGAAGCCAGAGAACAUCGUGUUCGUCGACCAGAGCGAGGACUCGCCGGUGAAGAUUGUGGACUUUGGCUUCGCCAGGGUGAAACGUGGCUGCGAGCCUCUGCACACUCCGUGUUUCACGCUUCCGUACGCGGCACCGGAGGUGGUGGCCAGGCAGGGCUACGACCAGAGCUGCGACCUUUGGAGCCUGGGUGCCAUUUUGUACGCCAUACUGUCGAAGAAGCCGCCGUUCGAAACAGACUCUCCGGACCUGGCAACCAGAAUCCAAGCAGGUGAAAUCGACUUUGACAGUGAGUCUUGGAACCAUCUGUCCAGUCUCGCGAAACAAGUCGCCAAGGGCUUGUUGACGGUGGACCCGAACAAAAGACUGACAGCCAACGACCUGGUGAAUCAUCCGUGGUUGAACGAGAUUAAUUCGUGCGACGUGGUCACCACGCUGCACAAUUCGAGCACGGUGUCCUCCUCGGAGAAGCCAGAAGGCUUCCGAUUGCGCGAGGUCGGCGGAGCCAGGCUUGCUCAGCGUCGUAAGUUGCACAAACGUUCUACCUCCAGUUCUGUCUCCUCUUCCGCUUCCACCACAUCCUCCAGCCCCUCUGUACAGUUACUUCGGCCACCAAGCGCCGCCACUGUUCUUACGACUUCCGCCUUGCCGGCGCAGCCGAGCGCCUUCGACUUCGACGAGGACAAGGUGAACGAAUACCUCAGCUCCUUGUCCUCGUCCUCCGACUCCAAUUCACCGAGGAUCACGCAGCAAGAGCAGAGUAAAAAGCGACGCAAACGAGACGACGAGGCAAAGGAGGAAGAGAAAAGAUCGAAGAGGCACAAAAGGCACGCCGAUUACAGCACCGAGAUGUACAAGAACAGGACCGGCCCGGUGACCAGGUCCAGGAAAAGGAAACUACAGGAGCAGACGAACGGGGACGAGCCGUCCGCGAUGAUACAGCCAUGCGAGGCGACGAGUCACGCGGAAUCUGGCGAGAGCCAUCGGAAACAGAAGGCUGGAAAACGGCCGAAAAGGAUGGCCACUAUCAUCGUAGAAUAAAAAUUCGCCUCGUCGACCCCCCUCUCUCUCUAUCUUUCUCUCUCUAACUAUCCCUGAACAUUCUCUCGGGAAAGUAAAAAAUGAAAAAAAAUGAAAAAAAAAUGAAGAAAAAAGGAAAUUUAAAAAAUACUAAAACCGACUUGGUGA